AAUACACUUAAAACUUUUAUAUUUAAAAACAAUGAGCUCCAACCAUCGACCCCUGGACGCAGCGGAUAUCCAGCUGAUACAAACCAUACGCGAAACACCCUCGCUGUAUGAUCCGCAGCUUCCCUCGUUUCGCCUCUCGCAGCGUAAAGAGGAGGACUGGGCGAAAGUGGCCGAAAAUUUGAGAAUUUCAAUUACAGAUGCUCGACGGCGCUGGACAUGUUUGAGGGAUCGCUAUUCGCGUGAGCUCAAGCAGAUGCGUCUUCAUCCCACCAGCGAAUUCGGCCGCAAUGAUUUCUUCAGACAAAUGGAUUUUCUGCGGGACUUUGUUAGAAAACGGCGCGAGCGCAACAGAAGAGACCAGACGCCCACUGGUUGGCUCAAAGUGGACAUGAGGAGAAACAAACUAAUUAAGAUGCCGGCCGAGACAGACAGCCUAAUUGAGGCCCCCGAUUCGCAGGAGUACGAGGAGAGCGAUGAGCACAACUACGACACGAAGCUGGAGGUGCAGACAUCGCACUCCGAGACAUACUCGGUGCUGGUGGAGGCAGACGAUGGACAAGAGCCCGAGCAGGAGAGCUUCGAGGAAGACUACAUCGCUGAUGGUGAAGGUGAAAGUGAACACAAGCCAAUGCCCAUGCUAACAUCAGCUCGCAACCAUAUGGUAACACUGCAUCCAGACGCCACGACGAACACAACAUCUGCACAAGACGCUGUAGCGGCCCAGACCACGCAGGGCGACAUCAACUAUAUGGUCUGCAUGCCCAGUAUGAGUCAGGAGCGGAAGCAUCUCUCCACCGAGCACCUGGCUCCGGCUCUGGCCACGUCAACGCCAACCAGGACAGAGACCGAGGACGAUUACUUCUGUAAAUCGGUGGCGGCCUACCUGCGGCAGCUGUCGCGGGUGCACAAGAUCAAGGCCAAGGUGGAGAUGUUCCAAAUACUGGAGAAAUACAUAUUGCUCGAGGAGGAGUGUCGUGGCGCGGGAUCGGGGCAAGGGUCGGGGUAAACAGGUUAAAUGGCAAUUGAUGUAUAUAGGUUUUAAAAUAGUUUUUAAUGCAGUACAAAUAUACAAAGUG